AUGCGGCCGCCAGAUUUUAUCCUCAUCAACAAGCAGCUGAGGAAAAUGACGGGAAAGACGAAGAAGAAUUUUGGUGAAGUUCUUAUGGCACAUUAUGAAAGCUAUCUUCAAAAUUUAGAUCGACAAGUGCGGCAGAGGGAGCAAGAAUAUAAACGACAAAAAUACCUAGCUGAUCAGGUGAAUUCGCGACUACUGCCGCCAGGUGUCGUUGAACAACUCAAAAAUCUUGGACGAGAUGAAAGAUUCGACGCAAAGAGCUACGAUGAAGUAUCGUUGUACUUUUCCGAUAUUGUUGGUUUUACGACAAUUGGCAAGCAAAGUACGCCGCAACAGAUUAUGACGAUGAUGGAUAAGCUGUUUCAUAUGGACCGCGAAAAGUACGAAACUGAAGUCUAUAAUCCAUCAUCCGUAGUCGAGCGUGUCACAAUGAUGCGGCAAACUCGACGCGAUACUAAAGGAACCAUCCGGCGCGUUCGAAGAAGUUCCCUUCAUCUUGAAUCUGGCUCGCCAUCAGGACUUGCCCAAGACAUCCAACAAGUUCAGAAGAUGACGCGCUUCAUGGCUACUAGUAGCGAUACAAUAGACACGGCUGGAGUCCAAGAUAUUUCAAUGGUCGAAGAUUUCUCCCGUCUGACGCAAGGAAACGGAGGGAUGCGAAAAGGUUAUCGAGAGAGCAUCACAGAAAUUGAUGGAAUGGCGACUAAGCUAAAGAAAAGAAUAACUGGUCGCGAAACAGUCAUCUACGAAGGCCAGGAAAUUGGGCUAAGAAAAAGAUCGAUGAGCAAUUUCGAGCUCACUAAUCUUGAUGAUUUAUUUGGGCAAUAA